UUUUUUCUCUAUGCAGCAAUCGGAGAUUUUCAACCGAGUUUUGAUGUGCCGUCUUUUGUCUUUUCUUCCGAAUCCCAUUAAUUAAUUAAUGAUUCGGACAUAUUAAUCGCGUCAGUUUUUGCAUUCGCGUAGUCGCUAGUGAACGCAAUCUCAUUCGUACCUAUACUCACCACUAGUGAUCUAGUUUCGGCUAUCUUCGCUCAGUAAUAAGUAACGUGAUUAUAACCUCAACUUCAAGCUCUGUCGAAGUUUCUAACUAAUUUGCCGAUCUUUUUACUUUUCCACUUUUACCACCUCGAACUUUGCGUUUUCUGUUUCGUCGAACUUCGCCGAAGAUACUUUUCAAGUCAAACAAAACCUGCAAUCCGUUGUUUAAUCGGAACUUAGCGGUCUAGGUAUGCCCAGCAGCAGCAAAGUCACAUCUUCAGUAUCCCUGUAAUGUUAUUUCCCUGUCUGCGAAAAUGUCUAUUCAGCCGCUGUCUUCCAGGAACAAGUCUGAUUAUGAGUUCGUUAGUGUUGAUGACGACCUGAGCUCUAUCUUCAACACAAUGGAUGAUGAAACGGAUCUUGUGCGUUUCUCUGAUGAUUUGUCUCCAUGCUCAGGUGUUGGACUCAGCGUAACGUGUUCAACAUCUAUGGAUGAGUGUUACGAUGUGGAUGUAGAAAGCACGGACGAACCUUCUGCCUCGACAUCUUCCCUCUCAUUCGGAAUGGAUUCUUUCAACCUGAAGGGACAAUCCUCUCCGGUCUCCAUGUUUUAUCCUCAAAUAUCGAGCUACGAUAUUCACCCUUUGCUAUUGAAUAAUCGCCGCUCUUCUGACGGAGAAGAUGAUGAUAUUGACAAUGAUGAGCCAUUAAUUACUGAUUCGGACUCUGUCCUCGUUUUGCCCGAUCACCACUUACUUAUGGAGCCUGUGCGGCACAAAAACAAGCACAAACAGAAAUCAGCCAAGCGAAAAAACACAAGCAGCACAUCAUCCCUGUUUGUCUCGGUGAAUCAGUCGGAUGAGGUAGACACAAGCGACUAUUCCAAUAGCAAAGCUCGCAAAGCCUUUUAUUGUCGUGCAUGUGCAAAAGCAUUCAAAUUUCAAACAUCUCUUUUACGUCAUAACAAUAAGGUACACAUCAGUAAAUAUCAGUGUCCAACUUGUAGCAGAGUCUUUUCUCGUCAAGCUUAUUUAGAUGUACAUACUUCAAAGCAAGGAAGCUCUUGUUUUCUUGGCAACUACUCCAAGAAUCAUAAGUAGAGAAUUCAUAUCUAAUUUGGUGAAGUAUGUAACUGGAUUACGCUAUUCAUAAUUGUUAUCAUAGAGCUCUUUUUUGGGGGCUCCUUACUGUUUCUCUCUGAUCCUUUUCUUUUCAUAAAGUUUUUUCAUCUACCCAGUCACAUUCAAAAUUAUCAUGAUUAUCAUUUCUUUUUCUCGUUAUGUCACAUUAUACUCUCCCAUCAGUCACUGUCUCACUGAUCUGUUGUAUAAUUCUUCAUUUAAUUUAAGUACUCAUCAUGGUAUGUUCUACAGAAGUCAAAAAGUAACAACCUUCAAUUUUCGUCUGAAGUAAAUAAAUGUCUUUAUCAUUUUAAGUAAUUUUAUUACUUGCAAUUCAAUUUUUUUCCAUCAAUUCACGAGCUAUUGGUUAGCUUUUCCAAUUCAGGAUCAGGAAAAUUAUGGUUGGAUAUUGAUUAUCGUAUGUUCAGCCUGCAGCAGGAUUUAUGAUGGCAUCUUGGUAAAGAUCAGUUGCUCAAUAAUUUUUCAAUUUUGAGUACAGUUGCUCCAGCACAGGUGCCAUUUUAGCUUCUCAUUUUAAGUCAAGAUGCGAAUAUUGUUGCAGAUAGCUUUUUUGGUUUAUUUUUUCAAGUCAAAUUUUGCCCCAGCCUGAGAACAAGUUCAAAACUUAUCCUAAAAAUUUUCAAAAUAGGGAUGGAGUAGGAAAAUUUUGAUCUCCAACAUAUAAUGCAAAAUUAAAAUUACAUUAGGUACUUUUAUUUAAAUUCUCUAAAAAUAGUUGGCAUUUCAUCGAUUUUGGCAGAAUUAUUUGGCAAAAUUAAAAUGAGUUUAUGACAAAACUCAACUUCCUAAAUUUCAAAGGUGCAAGCAAUUCUAACUCAAAAUACUGGGGCUGGAUUAUACCUUGCAAAAAUUAGCUGUAUUUUGCUGAGAAAGAUAGGACUGAUAAAGCAACAGUGCUUUGUGAGGAAGCCUUCUUAUAAUUCACUGAUUUUACAAUUGAAAUCUCAGUCGAAUGGAAGGAAGAGACAUUUUAGGAAAAAUAUCAAUGUUCGUGAGUGUGAAUAAAUCUUAUUUCAAAGUAAACUUGGCGAAAAUAUUGAUCUCAUGAAGUCAGUUUUAACCCUUGCAACAUCUGUUUAAACUUUCCACAGGGUGAUCCUAAAAUCCUGCACCAUCCCUUUAACCCCCAAGGCUCUUGUCCUUUUUAGGGUGGUUCCUUUAAAAUUUCAGUGGUUUAUUAAAGUUGUUCCCUUUGACUGAGAACUACUCACUAAAUCUUAAGUCUCCAUCGCGAUGUCUUCAGAGGCUACCGGAGCAAUGCCUGGUGCUGGUUGUGUGGGGCUUUGGCAUCACCCCGUGUAGCCAUGGAACUUAGUGUAUUAGUAUAUAUAUUUUCCAAAGGCAAAUACACUACUUGAGUUUCAAGCUGGUUUUUCAUGUGUUAAGGAUAAUUUAAUUGAUCUCCUUCAUUUUCUGUAGCUUCAACUGAGACCUUCCACUUAUAUAUGUUUGGUCCCCUCCGUCGCAAGUUGUAGUUUAAUGAGGAAAAUAUCACUAUAUUUUGUCAUUACCUUUUUUUCAAACUUUGUGAACGAACCGUUAAAUACCUCUAAACAAUUUAUAACCAUAUUUAAAACAAAACAAGCAGAAAGGAAUCCAAAACAUUACAAAGUUGCUAAGAUUUCAUGACUUUUUAUCUUGCAGGAAAGACUGAAACAGGAUGACAAAUUCUUAAAUAAUCCGAUGAUAAAAUUUAGAAAAGUCAAAUAAUUUUUUUUAACCGAGUAAAGUCAGAGGGAAAGCUCGGAAACUUUACUAUCAAAGUGAAUUUCAAUCUGCAAUAGUAAAUUUUCUUUCUGUAUUUUCGGAAUUAACGUUUUCGUUAAUCAUUAUUUUCAAGUUCAUUCACCUGCAAGCUUUAAGUUAAUUUUAAAAUAAGAAGGAAGUGUUAAAUUGCCCUCUGUGAUGUCUUUAUCCGUCAGUCAUCCAUUCAAUUGAAAAGAGAAGCUGCUGCCCCUAGGUUUUUUAAUUUUUUUUCUUCUUCUUCAGUGAUUUAGUCAUACAAUUUUAGCAAUAUUGCAAUGUGAUUGAUCCUUCCUGUCUGACUUGGUCCAUCUUAAAUAUGUAAUAACUAUCAAGUCAGAAACAAGAUACCACUUGCUCUCAUCCAAAAACCACAAUACAUUUACUGAAAUAAGGAAUUUUUUAUUGCUUAUCAAUUGACAACUCCUAAAGGUCAAUCUUUCAUAUUUAUCUUUAUAAUUUUCCAAAUUUGUAAAAUGGACUAAGGCAGGUUAUCUCAGGUAAUCCAUUUGUCUGCAGCUUCCUUUGUUUAAUAAGGUUUAAACAAGAUCAAUUCCCACUCUUAGAUUUAUUUACUGAUUGUUUCCUCUCUAUUUUCAAUUGCAGCAAAUUCAAAAAGUGGUAUUUGUCCUACUUUGAAAAUUGAAAAUCAAAUGAAAGGUGUCAUCCCUAUUUGCUCACAAUGAAUUUACUUCUCGUCACCGUUUCUUAAAAGUUUGCUUCCAAUGUGAAUUUUCUAUCUUAAUCCAUUCUAUUUCUUAUUCUAUUAUUUUUUCUUUUUGGUCAAUGUUGUCAAUUAUUCUCAUGGUCCAAAUCUAGUAAUCUUAUCCUAAUGUAAAUCUUUGUCCGUAAAUCAGUUAGACUUUCUGGUAAUAGAACAGUGAAUGAUGUUGUGACUGAAGCUUUUAUGAUACAUACUUGAGAGCGUUUUUUUUGUUUGUUUUUUUUUUUUUGUUUUUUUUUUUUUGUAAAACGAACGUUUCAUGAAGAACGAAUAUGAAGUCAAUGCUUUUUGUAAUUGUUCCAGUAAAUAGUUUAAGAACCCCCUUCUGCAGCACCUGCAAUAAGAUGAUGGUGGGCGAGAGAAAAGAACUUACUCUGUCGCAAACAGUCUGCCAGCAUUGAUUUUCAUGUCUGACUUUUCUCAAAUUGUGAAGUUCGACUCAAUUUCCUCCAACAUUUUCAAAAAUUUCUUGCAAAAAUUUUAAGUUUCAUCCAUGAAGCGAAGGAAGAGAAAAAAUAAAUUUUGCAAUUAUGAUACUUUUUUUGUCCUUUCCACUGUCAACGUAAAAAAGUCCACAUCACAUGAUAAGCGAACAGAACAAUGGUAAAGCACAAGUAUACCAGAAUCUUUUAUAGACUUCCCACAUGUUUCUCAUCAGUAAAAUUAUCAAAAGCUAAAAAUAUAUAAUUCUACUAAACUCAGCAGGUAUUUGUUUUUAUAUCAAAUGCAAACAAGUAUUUGUCAAAAAUGUUGCUUCUUGGGCAGAGUUCACUGAAAGAGAAACAAACGAUAACAGAUGAAUAUAGCUUUGGAAUUUAAUCCCCUCAUAAGGCACAAUGUAGAAAACCAGCAACAAGUCAAAUUUUUGGUAGAAUUAAAGAUGCCUCUAAAUGCGCUCAACUUUUUUGAGAUCGUCUUUAGAAACCUCUUUGACGGUUUUGUCCGUGCGCGAUUGAUUUAACAAACCUUCAGCACAAGGAGUGUUGAUGAUUUUCAGUUCCAAGAUGUCAGUGUGGAUUAAAACAAUGCCGCACUAAAAGAUGAGCUUGCAACAAAUAGCUUUCAGUAACCUUUCAAACUUUCAUUAGGUAGCUUAUAUCCUGCUUUUGUCUCGUUGGUUUUUUCGUGUGUUUCUCUCAAGUAUUUUAUGAUUCAGCACGAGUUUCUCUACGAAAAACUCUACAUCCAACCCAAAGCAAGCGUAGAAACAGUGAUGGUGCACUUGUAUGUAUGUAUAAAGCUUUUUCUGCCACCGGUCAGUGAGUGAUUGGACAGAGAGAUCAGUAUAAGUCCUUUUUCUUGGUUUGAUUUGGAAAUAUCCAUUUUUAACUCUCUAAAUGUUUCAAAUGGUCUUCUUCCUUGAAAACAUGCCUGUAAUUAGUGUACUACUCAAAUUAAUCUUUGGAUUGUAAAGCAGGACUGUCGUAAAGAUCUUGGAUGAUGUUCAAGUUCUGUCAGUUCAUUUUGGGUUUUGGGACCGUCUAAGUCCUAAAUGUCUAGGUUUGAAGAAUAAGAGUAUUCUUCAAAAAUGAAUAGGUUUCAUCCUUUAUCAUCUUAAUUUUAUGGAAGCAAAAGUUUUAUGUUAAUUUUUCUGAACCUCUCUCUCUCUUAGUUUUUCAUGAAUUCUCCUGUUUUUAUCAACAAUUUUCCGUCAAUAAAGAAUUUAAGUGUUAAAA